GAGCGCGGGCCUCGGCCAGGCCUGAGAGGCCCGAAGGGUUUGACGCUGUGGCUGCAUGGACAGCCUAGCGCUCUGCCGCUGGCGGCGGCGGAGGGCGGAGGAUCUCCAGGUUCAGGGGGAUGUGAAACGGGCAUGUAGGAGAUUAGAAGCCAGUGGGCACGAGCGUGGCUGCCACCAGGUGAACACCUGUGUCCUGGCGUCGUGGGGCCCAGAGGACCGGGAGCCUCCAUCAAGAGGCUGCCCCCCAGCACUGAGGCCAGAGAGUAGCCAGGGGAGGCUAAGUACAGGGAUUUCUCAGAAUGGUGGAAGGAGCUCAGCCCAGCCUUGCCCAAGAUGUAUUGCAGGGGAAUCUAUAUACCCCUCCUUGAACAGAGCAGGGAAGGAUGCAUCAGGAGUGAGUCACCUCAGUGAAUAGCUUUUUUGAAAUGAAUUAAACUGCAUUUCCCUGCAAUCCUCCCGUCUCUGCCCUAAGAGAAGCCCACUGUCUCCUGGGCCUGCAUACCCCACCGCACCUCAGAGUGAGCCUCCCAGGCUUCCGCUGACUCUGCCCCUUCAGUGCACGGCCCAGAGCCACGAUUUGCCAGCUGGGCUCCUGCGCUCAGAGUCUCCCUACAGAACAGGUUCUUGUCCAAAGAAGUUCAGGAAAUGCCACGCACUUUCCGCUGCCUUUUAGAGAUUUGAUGGCCAUUACACUAUGAAAGACCUUGAGAACUGCAUGAAGAAACUUGUUUCCAAAGUGUCCUUUUGUAAAGGGAUACCUGCUACACAUGUGAUUCUGGGAAUAUUCUGGGAAGUAAAGGCCUGUUGAAUAAAUGCAGCACCUGUAUGCACCAUGGCAUCCAGGGCCCUUCAAAUCUCAGUGCUGCUUGACCUCCCAGACAGCUGCUCCCGUACCUGUCCUGUGCGCCACAAGCCCCCGCUCCAGCCGCCACAGCUUCUCUGAUCCUGGAACAGUCUGACCUUGUGCUGUUCUUACCGCUUGGGAUAUACCUUCCUACCUCCAAAGAUUCUCUUGCUCCUUCGUGGCCCACCCAGGAUUCCUCUCUUGUAUGAAGCCUUCAGGCCCCUCACCAGGUAGGGUCACGUGCUCUCUUCCCUGGCUCCUGUAGCGUUUUGUUCUGAUCGCUCGAAGGAGCCAUCAGUAUCUCAUGUCAGUGCUCUGCUCUCUGAUAGUCCCUCCAGGCAAGUCCAGAGUCUCUCCUGUCUGGUCCGCUUGGGUCAGGGCAGCCCCUGCCUUCCAGGAAGCAGGGAUGUCAUCAAGGACUGGACUGCUUUGUUCCCUCACCGCCCAGCCUACCCCACCCUUCCUGGGCUGCAGCCAGCUCAGGAGCCUGUUGCCCUGAUGGUGGAGUCCUUGCGGGACAGGGAGGCUAUGCCUGUCUCUGCCUGUGGGCCAGAGUGCCGCGCUGCUAUGUGCCAGGAUAUGUGGCCAAGUGUGACAGAGAUUCCUCCAUGCCGGCGAGCCUCUCAUUGCACAGUGGUACAGUGUCUGGCCAACUGUCUACCCCCAGCCAUCUGGUUCUCCCAGUUACUUCUGUGGGUGAAGGGACAUUUUAACCAUACCAAGAAUCAUUAGAAGAUGCAAGCUGGAAGAAAGAAGAUCCCAGUUUUGGUUUUUAACCCUUCGUGUUGCAGCAAAUGUGAAUCUCCUACAGAUGGGUUUGGGGAUUUCCCUGUUCCGACGGCAGCGCGGGGUCCUCUGUGGGUGGGGGAAGUUGUGUUUUCAUUCUAGUAAAUCCACCAUCCUCUGCACGAGAGCCAGGAGAAUCCACGUCACUUCAAAAGAGCCCGCAAGGCCGGGCGCGGUGGCUCACGCCUGUAGUCCCAGCAUUUUGGGAGGCCGAGACAGGCGGAUCACAAGGUCAGGAGAUCGAGACCAUCCUGGCUAACAUGCUGAAACCCCGUCUCUACUAAA